AUGGCUCUCAGCGCUCACGAACUGCCCAAGGCUCUCGGUGAGAAUGGCGGAGCUGCUUCAGACGUCUGAGUCGCACCGACAUUCUUGCUGACAUCCUGCGCGACUCUUUUUCUCUCUCUCUCUUGACCACAGAGCCCAAGUAUGAAUCCUUGAAAAAGGAGUUCAGUGAAGUGGAUGCUGAGCUUCGUGAGUCGAAAGGCCAGGCCACUCCCCAUCCUCUUGAGCAGUCUAGACGUGCAUACUCAAAAGCCGCUGGCCUGACUCCACUUUCUCGCGACAGAGAGGCAAGCAAACAAACUGCAAAAGCCCUUGUACGAGAAGCGCGAUGCUAUCAUCGCCGAGAUUGAAAAGUUUUGGCCCAACGCUGUAUGUAAAUCCAUCCUUGCUGGUGUUGUGCUGGACGUGCCGAUAUCCAGUCUGACCAAUUCCGACGCCCCUUCUUCCUUCGACAGCUGCAAAAUUGCCCCCACGUCUCCUCCUACUUCCACGACGAGGACAAUGCAGUGUUCGAGCACCUGACGGGCAUUUCGGUCACUCAAUCCGACAAAGACCCUCGCGAGUCAUCCGUCACCUUCAAAUUUGCCGACAACGACUUUUUCGGGAACAAGGAGCUCACCAAAACAUUCACAGUCAAGAAGAAUGCUCCUCCUCUCGGAUCCAAUUCUAGCGCUUGGCAAGAGGAUGUGCAGACGGAAGCCACAAAGAUCGAUUGGAAGAGCGACGAGAAGAACUUGAGCAAAAAGUUCCCGCUCGUGAACGAGGAGCAGGUCCUCGAGACUGGAUCCUUCUUUGCUUGCUUCUUCGAGGCACCUCAGAACCCUGUUCCCGUAAGUCUCGACGAGCACGUAUAAAGCCGGUAGGGCAGCUACGGGUGGAUUGACAAUCGGGUUGCACUUGCCCUCUCUCUGCCAUGCAGAUCGCGAUCGGUGAUGGCAUCAUCAACGUCUUUUGGCCCAACGCAUUCAGUUUCUACACUGGAGAGGUUGAGGACAUCCUGUGAGUAGCUGCUUCUCUCAGCUGGCAAAUCGGGGCGGGGGAAAAGCAUGCACACAGUGCGUGCAGGCCUGAUACUCAUUCAAUUUGAUUGCGCCUCGCAAAGCGGCGAUCUGGACGAGAUAGAGGACUUUGACGAUGAGGAUGAGGAUGAUGAUGACGAGGAUGAUGAUGAUGACGACAAGGAGAUUGAUCUUGAAGCAGAGGAGAGGUCGAGGAAGAAGCCCAAGCACGAAGCAUGA